GUCGACGUGCUAGUGCCUAAGCAUAUAAGCUUAUGUGGACGUCGGUAGUCCCUGGGCUCUUUGUAGUCUCUGACUCGAUGUUCUUUGUCGAUGUUCAUGCUUUCUGAGAGCAGACUGUUCCGCACCACCGGUGCUUGUUCAACUAUGGAAUGCUUCUUGAAAUUGAUGGCAAACCAUGCCGACACGGCUUCGAAAUGUUCGGCUGCGAAUCACCUCAUGAUCAACUACCAUAAAUACCGUAUACUCCGCAAAGGCAUGCGUAUCGUUCAAAAUCACGAACAUGCACCGCCGUCAUCUCGUCAUGCACAGCUCACGCAAACGAUGCUCGAGGCCAUGCUAUCUCCUCGAAAUCCCAUGAAUACAAAAAUUUCGUCUACAGCUUUACUCUGCAACAACGACGCACUGCUAGCCAGGUUCGACUGUGUUGCAGCUACCACGCAGCAAUACAGAAGUAAGUCCCAAGCAGAGGACAGGAUGCACGGUGCCUCCCGAAAUGAUCAUGACCUUGCCAUGGCGCCAAAAGACUGCUGAAGCAGUUUCCAGCUCCAACGAUUGGCUGUUCCACGGAAAAAUCCAGUAGAAAUACGGUAAGCUGUAUGCUCGAAGAGACGUUCAGCACCAGCAGCCUCGUAGUAGGCCGAGGCAGGGUUUCGUAUGUAAUCGCACAAUGCGUGUGGCCUAGUAUAUAGCCGACACUUGUGUAAAGCUCGUAAGCUAAGGCGUGAUAUUUCCGGCGUUGC